AUGAGUAUCGAAUAUGGAUUACCUUUUCGAGGUCACGAUGAAAGUGAAUCUUCAAUUAAUCAAGGCUUCUUUCUAGGAUUUUUGCGAUGGCACGGGGACAAACAUCCGGAUGUUGGAAAAGUGAUAUUGGAAAAUGCCCCACAAAAUGAUACGUUGACUUGUCCUAUGAUUCAAAAAGAUAUUGCCAAUGCUUGUGCAAAAGAAACAUUGAAAGCAAUAAUUGGGGACUUGAAUGGAGAUUACUUUGGUAUAUUAGUUGAUGAGUCAAAAGACAUCUCUCACAAAGAACAAAUGGCUCUUGUUUUGCGUGUUGUUAAUAAGAAUGGUGAAGUAGUUGAACGAUUUAUCGGUCUUGUCCAUGUUAGUGAUACAUCGGCAUGUUCAUUGAAGAAAGCGAUUUAUUUUUUGCUUUCCGUUCACUCACUAAGUCCAUCCAAAAUACGUGGACAAGGUUAUGAUGGGGCAAGUAAUAUGAAAGGAGAGAUAAAUGGUCUCAAAACUUUGAUUAUGAAAGAUAGUUCAUCGGCAUAUUACAUUCAUUGUUUUGCUCAUCAAUUGCAACUAACACUAGUGGCAAUUGCUAAAAAACAUUUGGAUGUUGAAGACUUUUUUGAUCAUGUUAGUAAUGUGUUGAAUGUUGUUGGAGGAUCUUUCAAGCGUAGAGACUUACUUCGUGAUCACCAAGCCAAAAAGUUAGAGCAAUUAUUUGAAUCCGGUGAAGUUCAAAAAGGCCAAGGAUUACAUCAAGAACGUGGGCUUCAAAGACCAGGUGAUACUCGUUGGGGAUCACAUUUCAAAACUUUAGAUAACUUUAUUGUUAUUUUCUCAUCUAUUGUUCAUGUUCUUGAAGUGAUUGAACUUGAAGGGUCCACAUCAAGUGAUAGAAAUCAAGCGGAGUAUCUUUUGACAAAGAUUAAAACACUUAAAUUUAUUUUUGUGCUUCACUUGAUGUUGAAAGUGUUGGCAAUGUCAAAUGAGUUGAGUAAGAUUUUACAAAAAAAAGAUCAAGAUAUUGUUAAUGCCGUGGAGUUUCUUAAUAUUACAAAGAAAAGAUUGCAAGAUAUGAGGGAAAAUGGAUGGGAAUCUUUGUUGGAUGAUGUUUCCUCAUUUUGUGAUGUGCAUGAUAUCUUGAUUCCCAAGUUGGAUGAGUCUUAUUUUCCCGGAAAGUCAAAACGUAAGUCUUUGGGUGUUAGUUAUGCGCACCACUUGCGUGUUGAAGUCUUUUUUGCUGUCAUUGAUGUGCAACUUCAAGAACUUAAUGACCGUUUUGAUGUAGUGAGUAGUGAUUUACUUCUUGGGAUGGGUAGCUUGAAUCCGGUCAAUUCUUUCUCUAAUUUUGACAAAGGUAAAAUCACGACUUUAGCAAAGUGUUAUCCAAGUGAGUUUGAUGAUGGAAAAAUUCGAGAUUUGAGCUAUCAACUCGAUACUUUCAUUAUUCAUAUGCGAAGUGGUAAUCCCAAGUUCUCCAACUUGCAAGGAAUUCGUGAUUUGGCGAAGGCAUUGGUUGAAGCAAAUCUUGCGGAGACUUAUUCACUUGUUUAUUUACUUGUAAAGUUGACUUUGAUUUUACCUGUUGCUACGGCAACUGUGGAGAGAGCAUUUUCGUCAAUGAAGCACAUAAAAAAUGAAGUGCGGAAUAGUAUUGAUAAUCAAUAUUUAAAUGAUUGUCUAGUGUGUUACAUAGAGCGUGAUGUGUUUAUAAAUGUUAGUAAUGAUGUCAGUAUCGAUCGUUUUCAGAAUAUGAAAACUCGUCGAGGACAAUUGUAA